CAACCAUAAAGGAAGAUCAAAUUCGGAGGAGGCAUAUGCAAAAUUUGCAAAUUUGCAAAUGCCCAACUACAAAGCAUCAUCACACUGAGCAUCAUCAGUGCCUGGUUAAAUCAAUUGGCAACCAUCAAAGUGUUCAUAUCUGAACAAAGCGGCAAUGGCUUUCUCUGGAUUUGGCUCUAUCAGAUUCCUCCUGUUUCUUGCACUUCUUGUCUUACAGUAUUUUUGCUGUAUUAGCUCCAGGGAGAUUGUUAGACAGAGCCCUUUCAACAAAGUACAAAAUCAUCAGAGCUAUGCAGAUCAUACAGACGGUCAUGGUGACCAUCUGAGGAUGCUAAAAAUGAAACGAGAUGUGGAUGCUAAGGAUCCUGAAUUGCAAAUCUUUUUCACUAUCAAUGAUCUCAAAGUUGGGAGAAGAAUGCCAAUCUAUUUCUCCAUCAAAGACCCAUCCAGGUCUCCACCUCUUCUUUCCAGGGAAGAAGCUGAUUCAAUUCCUUUCUCAUCUUCUCAACUUCCCAAGCUUCUCAAACUAUUCUCCUUCUCUGAUGACUCCCCACAAGCAAAAGCAAUAGAAGACACGCUUCACCAUUGCGAAUACAAGCCCAUUAAAGGAGAAUCUAAGUUCUGUGCAACCUCAUUGGAGUCCUUGCUUGAUUCCACCCGUGCCAUCUUUGGACCAAAAGUUCAAUUCAAAGUUCUAACUACAAAUCAUCUUACCAAUUUUACGGCUUCCCAAUUGAAAAACUACGCAAUUCUUGAAAUUCCCAAAGAAAUCUCGGCUCGUAGAAUUGUGGGAUGCCAUCCUUUGCCUUAUCCUUAUGCUGUUUUCUACUGCCACAGCCAAGAGAGUGAUAAUAAGUUGUUUAAGGUUUCUUUAAUGGGCGAUGAUGGUGGAAGAGUCGAAGCUAUCGCGAUGUGUCACAUGGAUACCUCGCAGUGGAACCCUGACCAUGUUGCGUUUCUGGUGCUGAAAACUGAGCCUGGAAAAUCGUCAGUUUGCCAUUUCUUUCCAGCAGAUAAUCUUGUUUGGAUUCCAUCACCGUCUCUAUCCAAUUGAAUUCAGGCAUGACAAAAACAUGUAUUACUACCAUAAAGAUGGCAAAUCAUUUGCCUCCUAUGUGUAGUUCGGAUCUUCAUUCUUAAAUGCUUGAUCUUUAACGGAUUAUACUUAAAUGUUUGCAGGCGCAUACAGCAGUUUCGGCUGUAUUGAUCAUUAACGAAAAUAAGUUGAAUCUGGAUCCAUACCUGAUUAGAAAAAUGUUCAACUUC